UCUUACUUUUGUACUUUUUAGAGUUUCUUGCUUUUGUUGACGAGGCCUUUAAGUUCGUCAGCGAGACGGACGCCAAUGCACAGCAUUCUGCAAGAGCUGCUAAGCCGACGGGGAAUUACUCCCGUCUAUGAACUUGUUCAGAUCGAGAGCGCCAUACAUGAGCCGACCUUCCGGUUUCGCGUGUCCUUUAAGGACAAGGAUACGCCCUUUAUGCCAUGGGUGCAGGACGUUCGAAGAAGGAGGCCAAGCAUGCGGCGGCCCGUGCGUUCAUCGACAAGCUGAUCGGCGCGCAGCUGCCGGUAUCGCCUAGCAGCUCCGCUGGUCCGUCAGUGACUGGGCUCACGGUCGGCGGAAGCGGAGGAGACGGCAAUGCGAAUGCCACGGGCGGAGGAGAUGCCGGCGAGAAGACCGUUGGUAAUCCGAUUGGCUGGCUGCAGGAAAUGUGCAUGGAACGGCGAUGGCCACCACCGUCGUAUGAAAAUCAGCGACAGCAUCUGCGGCGAGUUGGAGGGCAAACCCCGCAGUAGUGAAAAUUAUUAUGGUGAAUUGAAAGACCGACUGUGCCGACACAGAUCACGCAGCACGCAGAGACAUCAGAACCACAGACAACGGACACUCAGUCGCCAAGAGUCAGAGGCAUUGUAGUGGUCACUAAUGCUCUCCGUAGUAACUAAUAUGCUAACCUGUUGCUCCGGAGGACACCCAAUUAUUCUAGCAAAUCACAUCGAACUCAAUUGGCAAUUUCUAAUUUUCUUUUGCUAAAAAUGUUCCAAGACCAUUAAGUUUCGUAGUACUUUUUUAUUGUAGAUAAACUAUUUACUAGUGUCCUAAUAUUAUUUUACUUGGUAUAAUAAAUAACAAUUUAGCCUGUGCAUGAGAGGUAAACUAACAAUUCCACCUCCUAAUCUCUACAUUAUUGGAUUGUAAAAUCAAUCGUAGUCAA